CCGAGUAGGUUAAUGUUACGUCGACGCAACUACGUCAAAACCUUAGGCAUGACAACAAGCGUUCAAAUACGCUAACGAUACACUCGAAACGACUAAUCAGAACUGAAUACGACACUUAACAAAUUAAUUGUAUUGGAAAUCACUGUUACCGUCUAUUAUGGGCAUUUAAAAUUAGCGAAGGUUGGGAACUAGUGCGCAACAUGCUCCACUAAUAAGCAAGACAAAGUUUGAGACGAACGGGGCGGGACGAGAGACAGAGAGAGAGAACGCGAUAAACUUCACUAUAAGACGGGGGCUUCGACAGACAGCAGGCAGCACUAAUAUAACAGAAAGAGAUACUAUUGUUGAAACAUAUAACAUCAAACUUGAGACUAAUAUUACUGGAGUUGAAGGAUAAAAUAUCAACAUCAGUAAAACUUAAGCUGCGUCGGUAGAAACUUAAAAAACCCAGAGAGUCUGAAUUAUUGAGUUGUGAGUUGCCAUGUACAUAACGAAAGUGGUCGUAUACCCGACUAUACUACUGACCUUACUGGUAUUCGCUGCUGCAUUUAACUUAGAAAGAGACAACGUCGAUGUAAACAAAGAUACCGAUACAAAUGAAGAAGACUAUAGUUUAGACGAUGUCUUCCAAGAGCUUUAUAAAUCGGUUACCCCGGUGAAAUUCACAUGUGAUAACGAGGCUGACCGGAAGUGUGAAAAUGGCGGAACGGGGCCCAGCUGGAACGAGGAAGAUAACACGUGCAUUUGUCUCUGCAAUGACGGAUUUACCGGUCCACAGUGCAGUGAUUCAAAAAACCCGGUUGAAGCGUCCGAAGAAGUUGCCAAAAGAGAAAAUGUCUGGUUCCACCCGUUCAUGAGAGAUGGCGAAAAAAGAGCGGCAAACGUCUGGUUCAAUCCACUCAUGCGAAACGGUGAAAAACGUGAUGGAAAUCUAUGGUUCCAUCCACUGAUGAGGGAGGCACAGAAAAAGGCGCCGGGAGUUUGGUUUAAUCCGCUUAUGCGUAGUGGGAAAAAGCGUGCCGCAAAUGUUUGGUUCAACCCAUUGUUGCGUAACCAAGCAAUUAGACGUCGAUCUGGUAACAUCUGGUUCAACCCGUUGCUAAGGAACAAUGAGAAAAAACGCGCUAACGUUUGGUUCAACCCUCUCCUGAGGCACAACAGGGGUGAUGAAGAGACUUUGAAAGAUGACAAACGCAGAGCUAACGUUUGGUUUAACCCCCUUAUGAGACAAUACAAGAGGGCUAAUGUUUGGUUUAACCCGUUGCUACGCAGCAAUGGUGAAUAACCAAUAAUCUAAGGAGGAUGACUCCCAACGAUGACGUGCUUCUAUUGUCAUGACAACAUAAUGGUUGUUGUUUUGUUGUCAAGUUGGAAGUCACACUCGGUUAGAAACUCAAUACUCAAACAUCCAUCCAUUAGUAAAGAUUCAUAUCCUUUCAUUUUGUUCUUUUAACAUUCCAGAGACUAAAUCAUAUCAUAAUUCCUCAUAAUAAAUGUUUGAAUUCUAUAAAUAGAUAAUCAUAAAUAACUGAACACACGCCAAUGUUAAUUUAAAAAUCCUUUUGUGAUUAUGUACCAGAAAUAAAAGCACGAUGGAAAUCUUAAAAAUUCUUUUUCAAUUUUCCGCUUUGCAUACAUUGUCUACACGCCGACUAUUGUGUCAGUCGUGUAUUUAGCCCAAUGAACUUGGUUUAUUACCACUGGAUUUACUCUGUUUCACGAAGGGCCCCUUGUAUUACAUCAUGGAUCAAUCGACAAGGCAUAGACAGGUCAAAAUGUCUCCACGUGGGAGGUUAAGCGAACGAGUAUGUACGUGCACGUAUAAUAUUAUGAUUCAGUGAAUAACUGUCCCCUUCGCCUCAAGUUUUUCCAGGGAUUAUGCAUAUUU